AGUCCCUUAUUUAUGCUGCGAGCUUUCAAAUUGACAUUUUCAUCUUCCACUUUUGAUUUUGGCUUAGACUAUCAGAACAUUAGCACAGCACAACUUUAUGAAGAGAUGAGUUGAAAGGAAAGGGAAAAGCUCGUCUUUUAUGGUCACUCGUAGAAAUCUGAAUAGGGAGGAUUAAUAACAAAACAGAAGUCCGCUGCAGCGAAUAUUGGCAAAAUGGAUACCCGUUGCAUAUUGUUUCAGAAAAUGUACCACAGGAUCCUGCAAACCAACAAACAGCUUUACUUUAUCAUUAGUCUGAAGAGUAUUACCUCUAAUUUUACCCAUAGAUAUGUACAUUACAUGGAGAAUUCUCAAACUCGAAAUCUAGAACCAAUAUCAUCAGCUGUUGUACCGGAUGUUUUCUUAGUUGAGAAAAUUAUGUUGAAUCUAAGGCAAGGCAAUGUUAAUUCCUUGCGGAAUGGUAAUUUUCGCCUCAACGCAUUGGACAUAGCUGAGGUUUUGCAGCGAUGUGGCAUUAAUUUGCAACUGGGUCAAAGAUUUAUUGAUUAUGUUGUGCUGACUAGUAGGAAUGUUAAACAUUCGUUGAUUUCGUUAAGUGCAAUGAUACAUGUCUUGGUACGUAGUAGAAGAUUAUCAGAUGCGCAAGCUUUAAUUCUUAGGAUGAUAAGGAGAAGCGGAGUUUCUAGGGUUGAGAUUGUCGAGUCCUUAAUAUCAACGAGUAGUACUUGGGGAUCAAAUGAUGUGGUGUGUGAUUUGCUAAUUCGAACUUAUGUGCAAGCUAGGAAGUUAAACGAAGGCACAAAUGCAUUUAGACUUUUGAGAAGUAAAGGGUUUAAGGUUUCCAUAAAUGCUUGUAAUAGUCUUCUUGGGGGUCUUGUGAAAAUGGGUUGGGUUGACUUGGCAUGGGAUGUGUAUAGAGAAACAAUUAAAAGUGGGAUUGAACUGAAUGUUUAUACAUUAAAUAUUAUGGUCAAUGCCCUGUGUAAAGACCACAAAGUUAAUGAUGUCAAGAAAUUCUUAAAUGACAUGGAGCAAAGAGGAAUAUUUGCAGACGCUGUAACAUUUAAUACUCUUAUAAAUGCAUAUUGUCGCGAUGGGCUUUUAGAUGAAGCUUUCAAUGUAAUGAACUUCAUGUCUGGUAAGGGGUUGAAACCAGGUCUUUUUACAUAUAAUGCCGUUAUAAAUGGUUUAUGUCAGAGCGGAGAACAUGCUAGAGCAAAAGGGAUUUUGGAUGAUAUGUUGAGCACUGGGUUGAAUCCUGAUACUACCACUUACAAUACAUUGCUUGUUGAAAGUUGUAGAAAUGGCAGAUCUCAAGAAGCAGAAGAAAUUUUCAGUGAUAUGUUGCAUCAAGGUGUUUCUCCUGAUCUAGUUAGCUUCAGUUCACUUAUUGGAGUGUUUUCAAGAAAAGGACAUCUCGAUCAGGCUUUAGUCUACUUUAGAGAUGUGAGGAAAUUUGGAUUGGUUCCGGAUAAUGUAAUUUAUACUGUUCUGAUAGAUGGUUAUUGUAGAAAAGGCAUGAUUCCAGAAGCUUUGAAGAUACGGAAUGAAAUGGUAGAGCAGGGCUGUGUUUUGGAUGUAGUUACGUACAAUACAAUAUUUAAUGGGUUGUGUAAAGAAAAGAUGCUAAAUGAUGCAGAUGCGCUGUUUGAAGAGAUGAUAGAGAGGGGAUUAUUUCCUGAUUUUUACACUUUCACCACGCUCAUUCAUGGCCACUGCAAGGUCGGGAAUAUGAAUAAAGCACUAAGCUUAUCCAGAACAAUGACUCAAAGAAAUAUUAAACCAGAUAUUGUAACAUACAACACUUUAGUUGACGGGUUUUGCAAGGUAGGUGAAAUGGAGAAAGCUAAUGAGUUAUGGGAUGAAAUGAUCUCUAGAAAGAUUUUUCCUAAUCACAUUUCUUAUGCCAUAUUGAUAAAUGGAUAUUGUAAUCAGGGCUUUGUAUCCAAGGCCUUCAGAAUUUGGGAUGAGAUGAUAGAGAAAGGCAUCAAGCCUGCACUUGUCACUUGUAAUACUGUUAUAAAGGGCUACUGCCGAUCAGGUGAUCCAUCAAAGGCUGAGGAAUUUUUGGGAAAUAUGACUGGAAAAGGAGUUCUUCCUGAUAGCAUCACAUAUAACACUCUCAUUAAUGGAUAUGUAAAAGAAGAAAAAAUGGACAAAGCUUUUUUUCUGAUUAACAAAAUGGAAAAGGAUGGGAUGCAGCCUGAUAAAAUUACUUAUAACAUAAUUUUGGUUGGGUUCUGUAUGCAAGGUAGAAUGCAGGAGGCUGUGUUGGUAUUACGGAAAAUGAUUGAGAGAGGGGUAGAUCCUGAUAGAUCCACUUACACAGCUUUGAUAAAUGGACAUGUCUCCCAGGACAACUUGAAGGAAGCAUUUCGUUUUCAUGAUGAAAUGCUGCAAAGAGGAUUUGUACCAGAUGAUGAUUUUUAGUUUGUCUUACCUGCUCCAGCAUGUCAUUGUUGAUUAAAUAUGUGAUCAAGGAUAAUGGGCAGUUCAAUUUCAUGAUCAAUGGAUGCAAAGGAGAUUUGUGGCAGAUGAUAAUUCUUAAUUGUUUCACUAUUAUGGCCUUUAUGACUCGUUGGAUCCCUUUCUCUGUGAGUCAGAGAUUCCUAUUAAGAAGCCAAAAGCAACGUUCUGGUAUCAUGUGAAGUUAGUACUUUGUUUGUUGUCCAUAUUGAAGAGUUGCCGAGUUUCAUGCUCAGAGGGUGACUGGGGAUGCCACAAUGUUGAGUGAGAAAAAAAGCCUCAGCCUGCAUAAUUUCAAUACACGAAUGAGGGUUGAAUAGUAAAUAUUAAGUACGAACCAGUCUGGGCGGUGAUUACAAUUACAUACAAAAGAGUCAAACCUGGUUGAACUCGAUACAAACACGUUCAAGCCCUGCCCACAAGCAGGAUUCUUGAUGCUGUUGGAUAAAUAUCUAUUUUCCCUGGAGAAGAGUCUACGCAUUGACCCUCGAUAAAUGUCAGCCUAGCUAAUUGAUCAGUCGAUGUCUAGGGUGUGUAUUCAUUUCAAAUUAAAUCUAACCGAAAUUUGAUUUUUUUAUUCAAAA